CGAUCGAUACGGUGGUACUCGGCUCUACGUUGGGCGCCUGUCUUCACGGACGAGGUCCCGUGAUCUGGAUGACCUGUUCAGUCGUUAUGGAAGGUUUCUUGGCUUAUGCCAAACCUGGAGGUCUAUGGUGAGAGGGUACCCUUGGUGCAUUUGGCGAGUCUUUCUAUUAUGUUAUUGCCUGUUUUUAUGGAAAUGCCAAGAAUCUCAGAAUGGUGUUUAGUUCAUCUAUGAGGGGCGAGGUGUCAACCCUUUGAUACUUGUAUCAAAUGAUGGCCUUACCUGUUUCUGGAACCCAUUUGCGCAGAGUACGCGAUGUGGAUAUGAAGCGAGACUAUGCAUUUGUUGAGUUUAGUGAUCCCCGAGAUGCCGAUGAUGCAAGAUAUAGUUUAAAUGGGAGGGAUGUCCAUGGAAGUCGAAUCAUUGUGGAAAUAGCUAAAGGGGUACCCCGUGGUCCUGGUGGAUCACGUGAAUAUCUUGGUCGAGGCCCUCCUGGAACUGGGCGAUGUUUUAAUUGUGGGAUCGAUGGCCACUGGGCUAGGGAUUGCAAAGCUGGAGACUGGAAAAAUAAGUGUUAUCGGUGUGGGGAACGUGGUCACAUAGAAAAGAAUUGCCAGAACAGUCCAAAGAAAUUGAAGCGUGGAAGUUACUCACGUUCUCCUAGCCCUCGCCGUGGUGGUGGUAGAAGUCGAAGUCGUAGUUACAGCAGAGGUCGUAGCUACAGUCGGUCGAGAUCACCGAUUAAAAGAGAGAGAAGUCUCGAACGAUCAGAAAAAAGAUCGAGGAGCCCAAGAGGCAGGCCGAGCCCAAAGAGGCAUAGUUUGUCACCUCCUCCUAAAGCUAUGAAGCGUAGCCCCACUCCUGAUGAGAGGAGUCCGGAAGAAGCUAGACGUAGCCCAUCCCCUGGAAAUCGUGACAGUCCUAGAGGAAGGAGCAGAAGUCCAAGGGGAAGAAGCAGAAGUCCAAGGGGAAGGAGCAGAAGUCCAAGGGGAAGAAGCAGAAGUCCAAGGGGAAGGAGCAGAAGUCCAAUGGAUGAAGCUGAGGACUUUGAUGGUGGAAGCAGGAAUUAUCGGAGGGAGGAAAAUGGCUACAGCCGCAGCCCGAGUCCGUUGCCCAGAGAAGAAAGGAGCCCAAUAAACGACGAAGAUAACAACGGUACUCCAAGGGGUGGUAGCGAGUCUGCAUAAUAGACAGUUUCUUAAUUCUGAUUCUGCUAAAGCAUAAGCGUUUGUGUUGGGAGUUUUAUAAGCGAGUUGUGCCUCAGAAAGACUCAUAAAAUGGAACUGUAUUUUGAUUGAACCCCGCCUCCAAUAUUUAUCAGCAUCGUAUUUUGGCUAUUUAUCUUGCUUAAUUAUGAUUAAUUAUAUAUUAAAUAAUCCGUUUCAUGUA